ACCACCACCGUCUCCAUUCUCCACUUCGUGGUUCGUGCCUCCCCCAACCGUCUCUCCCCUCCCCACCUCCUUCCCGCAAGGCCGCACCUCAUGCCUUGGCGACGCCAUUGGUAGCUUCGCCUGUUGGUCGGAGCGCGCAGGGGAAGUGAGAGGGAGGAGGGCUAGGAGGAAGGAGGAGGUCGCCGGAGUAGCGGCAAGAUGUUCGACAGCUUGCUCAACUCCAAGUUCUACAACAAAUGUAAGCACGCCUUCAAAUGCAUCCGGACGCGGAUGGCUCCGAUACGGCGGAAGAAGCACGCCAUGAUCCGGUUCCUGAAGAAGGACGUCGCCGACCUCCUCGCCAAUGGCCUCGACACCCACGCCUUCGGAAGGAUGGAUGGCCUGAUAGUUGAGCUGAACCAUGCUUCUUGCUAUGAUAUGAUCGAAGGAUUCUGUGAUUACAUUGGGAAGCAACUGGGAAGCCUUCAGAAGCAGAGGGAAUGCCCCCCAGAAUUCAGGGAAGCUGUAUCAACCCUCAUAUUUGCUGCUGCUCGGUAUCCUGAUUUACCUGAACUUUGUGACCUAAGGCACAUAUUCACAGAGAGAUAUGGAAAUUUUGUUGAGCAUUUUGUUAACCGGGAGUUCAUUUGGAAACUUGACAGUACAGAGUUCACUAAUGAGGAAAGGUUCCAAGUCAUGCAAAGUGUUGCUGAAGAAUUAUCCGUUAGUUUUGAUGCCAAGGAAUUGCAACUCAAGUUAUGGGCCACACCGGAAACAGAACAUGAUAUGGUUGAGAAGGGUUCAAGGAAGCCAGCAGAAUUAUCAAUGCCUUUAUCCAACAAGCAGAGAUGCGUCAAGGAUGCUCCAUAUGAAGAACAAGAGGAUAUCCUUGAGAAGAGUUCGAGGAAGCCAGCAGAACUAGCAAUGCCUUUAUUCGACAAGACAAAGUGUGAAGGGGAUGCUCCAUGUGAAAGAAAAAAUAAGGAUAUGCUUGAGAAUUACUCAAUCAAGCCCGUAGAACUAGCAACUGCUUCAUCCAACAAGCAGAAGGUUACUGAGGAUGUUCCAUGUAAAAGAAACUGUGAUGCUGAACCUGCAUACCAUACUGAGAAAGUGGAGAUACAGUUGAUCCAAAAAGAUAUUCAAGCUGUUGCUGAUGCACACCAUACAAUCGAUGAGCAUUCAAGGAAGCAGCAACCUGAUGUGUCUGAUGAGAAGGAAGAUUUGCAGAAACCAGUGUCUCCUGUGGACACUAACAGAAGGAACACCCAAAAAGAUGUUCAGAAGCUUAACAGAAGAGCUGUCCGCCCUUUGGAAAAGGAGCUGAUGGAAGCAGUGGAGCUUGAUCUCAAUGGCCUACCUAAGAAUGGAUUUGGUGCAGUCAAAUUUCCUGAAACAGAUGGCAACAAAUCAGUUCAACUAAAUGUCAAGCCAAACGAGGCUGUGAGAGAUUACCAUAUUGAAAAAGAGAAUAACAAAGUCCUUCAUGCACGCAUGCCUGGUGGUCCUGAACACAAUGGUAGACAUGCAGAUUCAGGGCUAAGAGUUCAGCGCCCAGACAAUCAAGGACGUCCAGUCAGUCCUCUUAGUGGUAACACUAGAAAUAAGGCUCCUUACACUAAGCGGAAUGUUGCAAACAUGAAGAAUCCUACUGAAAAACAAGCAAACAGUGGUUUCUUGCAUGAUAAACCGCAGCAUUUAGCUGAUCUGGGAUAUCCAGUGCAGAAAGGACAAGGAGUGCCAGAGAGGGCAGGUACUAUGCUGCCUCCUUAUGUUAAACCAAAAUCUAACAUGCAACCUGUGAAUGAUGAUCCUGAAAAGAAAACUCCAAGUGGUUACAGCAAGCCCAACAUCCCUGGACAAACUGACCACUUGGAGAACAAAGAUGUGCUUCGACCUGUUUCUGUUAGAAGGAGAACUGCAAAGCUGCCAGCACCUGUUGAUACUUAUGUUGAGGUGCCUAACAAUGAGAAGGUCACAAGCCAAACACCCAAAAGUCACAGAAACCACUCAAGCAGGCAGAAUGGUGCUAAAUAUGACCAGAACCGGAAAUGCAAUGGGACUGAUGAUGUUGGUAGAGGGACGAAUGCUCAGAUAACUCCAGGUAGCCAAUCAAAGCACAUAGGCAGGAGGAAUGGAACUUUGAACCACAUCAAUGACUACGGCAGGUUGAUGCAGCGUAGGCAACCUGAAGCAGAUGAGACUGCUAUUGAUUUCGGUAAUCUCUUGCCUCAAAAUGCAAAUGGACAGAGGAGACACAACAGCGGACACAAUGGAGACCUUGAUGAGGAGGACAGGAUGAUGGACAAGCUUUUGAUGCACUAUAGCAAGAAGAAAGGUUCGGACCCAACCAACAAUGAAGGACAUAUAGAUGCUGUGCAGAAGGUUUCGUUGCAUCCCCCAGGUAGAGCUAUCUCGCUACCGCCUGAAUCUGUUGGCCCAGGUGAAGAUGCGAAGGUUCCUGCUCGGUCCACCUCACUUCAGCCAGAUGGUCCUAAGAGUGCGCAUGUGCACCCAAAAAUGCCAGACUUUGAUGAGUUGGCUGCUCGGGUCAAGGCUCUGAGGAAGGCGGCAUAAGAUCGUCUUUGGCUUGUGUACACGUUCUUUCAGCUGAAGAGUUGAUCCUUUGUUGACGGUUCCUUGCAAGACACAACCACUGAGUCGUUCUUUGAUGUGCAGUUCCUUCAAGAGAUUAAACAGAUUUGUGUAUGUGUUUUACUCUCUUUUUUCCGUUACAUUUUUUUUACAGUGCUCUUGUUAUAGGUUUUCCAUCGAACCAGGUGUUUGUGUAGAAUAGGAGCACUGGUUUCAGGUUAACACGAUAUAUAGUACAGUUGAUAGGAAUUUUCCAUUG